AUGAACAUAUCAAAUUCUGAAUGUAGUAGUGGUUGUGAAUCCGGAUGGACUAUGUAUUUCGAUCAAUUUUCGAAUUACUCGGGUCAAGACAACCCGGGUUUUGGUAGGCCUGUUGAUGAGUAUUAUGGAAAAGGUGGUUAUGCCAACGAUGACACAGAAGGUGAAGAUCUAUCCAUGGUGUCUGAUGCAUCAUCUGGCCCUCCGAUUCUCGAAUAUGAGUACGAAAAAUCGCCCGUUGGACGUCAAACGAAGAGCAAGCAGAAGAAGAAAACAAAAGAGCAACAAAAUCUGUAUCAUGAUGAUACUGCUAGCUCACCUUUCUUUCAUUUCUCCCAGGACAAUGUAGGAUCUUUUAGCAAUCAAAAUCUAAAGGAACAUGUUCCUUAUUUCUCACAAGGAGCGUCUGCUGCAAAUUUCGAGGGUGAAUCUAACAGGAAAAAGCAUUUAAAUUUCCUCAAAUCUUCACUAAAAGGGAAAUCAGCAUCAGGAAAAUCAGAAGGUUUUCUGGGAAGAAAGAAGCACUAA